GUUCGGAUAUAUGAAGAAGACUUCAAAAAGGAAAGAUCUGAUAGAGAGAGACUCAGUGAAGACAAGGAAGUUCUACAAAAACUUAAUGAGCAAUCACAGUCCCAGUUGAACAAAUUGAAAUCUCAGAUUAAACACUACCAGACAGAAAAUGAACUUCUUCAGAAGCGAGUAAAACAACAGGCCGAAGAUUUCCAAGCACUUACAGAAAAAUAUUUCUGCCUGCAGCAGUUGUUUGUUCCUCCUUGUCUUAAUUGUGGGAACUGUGGCAUACUUCAGCCAUACUCUGAACCUCGAAUGACAUUGGGCUCAUGUGGUGCUAACAGAAAACAGCAGCAGCCCCCAGUAAGCUGAGACUCCUGUCAGCAUUCACUGAGAAAGCAGAACUACUCAGAAACCAACAUUUUACGACCAGAUUCUGCAAGUGUACCAUGAGAAAGAACGAAGUAAUGUAAAAAAUAUGCAACCAUACCAGCCGUUUAAUUUUAUUUCCAAAUGCCACAUUUCUUUUUUAGCUAUCAUUUCAUUAUACCCUCUUCCUUCACCUACCUCAUCAGUUCUGCUUUCUCCUGAGAAUUUAAUAAGUGUAUUAUUUUGUAACAAGUAAUGGACUCAUUUCUAUCAUCUGCAUUUCCAGCACAUCAGUUUGAACACCUUCUAGUAGGCAAAAGAAAAAAACAUUUUAUUCUUAUUUUUUUCUCAUCUACAGUUAUACCUCUGUAUGAUUUAAAAAAGUAAAUUCAGGUUAUUAAAAAGAUGUGUGUUUAUUUUUCUUUAAUUACAGGUAUGUGUUAUCUCCCUCUUCAGUUAGA